GAGAGAUGGAAGUUUAAGGAAAGAAAACCAGGGGAUUUUUAGUCUGUGGUUUCGACAGAAGCGAGAGAGAAACCGCAGAGGGUUUUACACUCCAUUCUCUCAAACCAGAACUCAGAAACAGGCAGAAUGAAAAAGGAAAGAGUGUAUCAGCUUCAGUCUUUUCCCCAGUGUGAGGAUCCAGUGAUCAGAGAAUCAGUGAUCAGGAGAUGAAGAAGAGCCACGAAGGAACAGGAGUUCAGCAGUGUGACAGUCUCAGCGCUGGAGCGGCGGCUCUACACACACAUCUCCUUAUGUUGCUAUGAGGAAAACACCGUCAUGCAGAGUCUGAUGAUGACGAUGAUGAGGAUGAUGAUGAUAAUGGUGGCUUUGAUGUGCUUCUUAUCAUCAGCUCAGGCAGAUCAAAGUCUGGUGUGUCAGAAUAAUUUCACACACAGUGUCAUGUGUGUGUGGAACACGUCAGCGUUGAUCAUCAGGGAUGCUGUGCAGCCUGAGACCCGCUGCUUUCUGAAAAUCACCGUAAAGAAGAGCUCAAGUAAAACCAAGAUGAAAACGCAGAUGCUUGCAGACCCAGAACAACCGCACAUCCGCAGGGCCGGUGUGGUUUUCCGGAAACAUCUGAUAUCAGUGGCCAUCCUGCAACAGGAGGUGUGGUGUGACGGCUACACAAACCCUAUGGUGAAAGUAGAAGAGAUGGUAAAGGACGGCGUAGUGAAAGUGUCUCCUCCUCAGACAUUAACCAUUAAUGGCUCCACCGUCUCCUGGACCUUCAGUUCAACCAAAUUGUAUGACUUUGAGGUCCAGUACAGAUCUGCAGGUCAGAGCUGGAGGGAUGAUGAUAAACAGCAGACGGCGGAUACGGAGCUGCAUCUGCCGGAGGAUCGGCUCCAGCUCCAGCAGCAGUACAGCAUCAGGCUGAGGGUGAAGCUGAAGCUGCAGAGAGCGCUGUGGAGCGACUGGAGCCCCGAACACACCUGGACAUCUACUGUGGGGAUGCAGCCGUCCACACCCUCUGCUGCAGAUGUGCAGAUUUUGGUUGUGGACUGGUCUUCUUCUCAGGCAGGAACACUGCUGACCGCAAUCACACUGACCAUCAUCAUCGCCUGCACACUCUACUUCAGAUGCAGCAGACACAAACGGACCAAUCGCUUCUCCUAUAUUCCUGAUCCCUCCAAGUUCUUCGGCGAUCUGAACUCCAGCCACGGAGGGAAUUUUAAGGCGUGGCUGGGCCCGGUUCUGCUCCGCGAGAGCUUCAUCAAUGCAGACUCAGAGCUGGUCAGUCCAGUGGAGGUGUUGAGGCUGCAGGACGCCUGUGAUUCUCUCAGCACACACUCACACACACACAGCGGCCCGAUGGACGGCUGGGAUAAAUCCAGCAAAUCCUCCAACUUCUCCAACUCCACAUACUUCCUCUCGCAGAGCUCCAGGGGCCCCGGGGACACUCUAGAGCCCUGCUCCGCGCACUCCUCCUAUGGGCCGGCAGGGGGCAUCAGCGGCCUGGAGACGCAGCGCAGCGCACACGACGGCGGUGUGCCGGAUCAGCAGACGGAUCUGCAGCAGCUGGAGCGGCUCCGGCAGGACACUCAGAGCCCAGACUCAGGCUUCGCCGGCGGGGCGGAGGACAGCAUAGAGGAGAGCGAGCUGCCGAGUCCUCUGCCCAUCAGUCCUCUGUCCAUCAGUUCUCUGCCCAUCAGUCCUCUGCCCAUCAGUCAUCUGUCUAUGAGUUCUUUGCCCAUCAGCCUGCUGCCACUGGAGCUGCAGGCGCAGAAGCCCAUAAUAAUGCCCCCGCUGCUGGGCUUCAGCUGCACCGCUGCUCUGCUGCAGCCCCUGGAGCUCCUGAACACAUGCGGGCCCGUCCUGCCCUCCAGCGGAGACUACAGACCCGUCAAGAGUUUACAGAACAACCACUGCACUGACUGACCCCAGAUCAGCUGAAAUAAACGACCAAUGAAGGACUGACCCCAGAUCAGCUGUAAUGAGUGAUGACUGACUCAUUCACUGGAUGUAACGAUUCACUGUGAGUCGUUUGAGAAUAGAUUCAAAUAUGUGAUGAUUCAGUUCAGUUCAUUCAUUCAUUCAUUCAUUCAUUAACUUUACUUUGUCUUAGUCCCUGAUUUAUCAGGGAUCGCCACAGUGGAAUGAACCGCCAACUACUCUGGCAUAUGUUUUACACAGCGGAUGCCCUUCCAGCAGCAACCCAGCACCACUCUAGGAAACUCAGUUCAGUUUAUUACUUGUUUAAUUGGCCAUAGAGGGCAGUUUGUGUGCAGCAGGAAUAAAACACCACAUGGAAAAACAUUCUCCAUGCAGGAAACUGAUAUAUGUCAAUAUAUGCACAUAACAUAUAUGCAGUGUUGUGUUAAAAAGUAAUAUAUUACAACCUUAAUCUUUACACACACAAAUAACACAACACAUAUAAUCACAUUAGUAAUGGGAAUUAGUAAUAUUUCUAAGAUUAGACUGACCACUGCGGAGACUGACCCCAGAUCAGCUGCAGUGAAGGAACACUGACUGAUUCACCGAGUGUAACGAUUCACUGUGAGUCAGUUGAGAAUUGAUUCAAAUAUGUGUUGAUUCAGUUCAGUUCAGCAGGAGAACUUCACAUGCAAAAACAAACACCACAUAGAAAUCUGAUACACUGUAAUCUAUGCAAAUGACAUAUAUGACAAGUUUAUAUACGUAUGAGGAUCUCAUACAAAUAAUGAAAUGUAAUAUACGCAGCGUAAACAUUUCAAAAUAUUGCAAAAAUGUCCAUUUACGUAUUUUUUCACCUAUUAAUAUUAGAUCCAGAUAAAUAAAUAGUGUAGAUAGAAAUAAUAAUAUAAUUACUAUCCUAAUAAUAUAAUAAGUUAAACAGUUAAUAAUAUAUUAAUAUGCUGAUGAUUUUGUAAACAUUUUUUACAUUAAAAAGGUGAAAAAUCUCAGCUAGGAAAAAGCAAAACUAGUAUGUUAGUAUCCUAAAAUUAACGCUACUUAUAUUAUUUGGUAUUUAUUUUAUAUAUGAUUAGGAAUUUGUUUUAAAAUUUCAAUUAUGUGUGUCUAUUUACGAAAUCUAUUUUUUAUUUUACACACAAAUCGGCAAUAUUUUAGAUCAUUUCUUCAUUAAAAGAUCAUUUCUAAAAUCUCUCAACUAAUUUAAAAAAUAUGGUGAAAUGUGUGUUGUGGUGCGGUGAUUCAGGAGUCGAGUGAAUCGUUGCAUCCCUAAUGAACGGUUAUUAAUAUUCAUCACACACUCAUCUCCCUCUAGAAACAUUACAAAAACUGGACAUUUCAUAACCCAAUCAAACCUGCUGUUCUGAGAAAUCAGUGUUCGCUGAAGGAUGAAGAUGCUAUUUGUUUGCUUUGCUUUGAGUAUUUUCGUUUCAUUGCAUAAAAAAGAGCAGCAUGAACAUUCUGCUAAACAUCUCUAAAAGAUAUGAGGUUUGGCAUGUGCUCAGUAUGUGUGGCAUGUGUGUGUGAGAGAAACUGUAGAUCUGCGUAUGGAACCGGUGGAUCAACAGAGACUGUGUUUGUGAAUUUCACUAAUAUUUUACCACGCAACUCAGAAAGCUAGUUAUAGUCCCACCGCCCUGUACUAUAGAACAUGUCGUAGAGUAUACUGUCUAUUUAUGUUGAGCAGGAGUGACGCUAAUGAGACAGAAAGAGUUUUUAGUCAUUUCCGCUCAUGAUCUCAUGAAUGUGUUGUUUAUAAUGUACACCGUUUGCUGCUUUGGGGAGUGUGUGAGAAGUCUGUGUGUCUCAGUUUGCUGCUAAUAAAGAAAAUA